AUGGAGAAAGAAGCAAGGAUGUCGAUACUUGAAACUGAAAUUGAGGCUGUGCCUUCUCAACCUGAAGAAGGUCAGAUGAGAUUUAAAUCAACAAAGCGUGUUGGGGAACCAAUUGAGCCCCCUACUCCACUAGAAGUCUCAAUAUCAGGUACAAGCAAAGAAGCUACAGUAGAACCAGUGACAAUCCUUCGUUCAGGAAUUGAUGGAAGUCAACCUAUCAAUGAAGAGCAAAUUGAGAUCCUUUGUCAAACUGACGGUCAGCAGUUUCUUGAAAGAACAUGUCCCAAGAGAGUUGGUGUUUAUGGAAGUGGAGGGAUUGGCAAGACUAGUGUACUGAAAGCCUUGAUCAAUUACCCCAUAACAAAGGACUUAUUUGAUGUGGUCAUUUGGGUGACUGUAUCAAGAAAUUGGAGCACAAGAAAGAUUCAAGAAAAAGUUUUACAACAAUUAUCAUUGUCAGCAGGAGACUUCAAAACUGAUUUCGAACUUGCAGAGGAACUGUUUCAAGCUCUAAGGAGCCAGAGGUUGCUUUUGGAUGAUGUUUGGGAGUGGAUUGAUCUGAAUGCAAUUGGUAUUCCUGAUCCCACUUAUGAAAAUGGUUGCAGGAUGAUACUUGCAACAAGAUCCCCAGAUGUGUGUCACAUCAUGGUGGCUGAUAGAAAGGUUCAGGUGGAGGGACUCUUACUGGAAGAAGCUUGGGAGUUGUUUCGGGAACAAGUGGGUGGGAUAAUUGACUCUCCAAAUAUUUUUCCCCAUGCUCAAGCUAUAGUUAAGAAGUGCCAUGGUUUGCCAUUGCUGAUCAUUGUCACUGGAAGGGCAUUGGCUAAGGAGAAUGAUGCUUUAAAUUGGAUGCGUGCCUCGAGAAAAUUUUUGUGGCUCAGUGCACACGGGAUUUUUGGUUUUGAGGGUUUAAUCCAACAGCUGAAAUUCAGUUAUGACAGAUUGGAGAGUCCUGAAUUGAAGAGUUGCUUCCUUUAUUGUGUCUUGUUUCCAGAAGAUCGCGAGGUUGGCAUAGUUAAAUUGGUUGAGUACUGGAUUGAGGAAGGUUUGGUUGCUGGAAAUUGGACAGAUUCAUAUAAAAGGGGUUGUGAUAUAGUUAAUAUUCUUGUUGAAGCCUCUCUUUUGCAGAAAUUGGAAGGUGGUCUUUCCAUCAAAAUGCAUGAUCUGAUAAGGAAUUUAGCAUUGGGGAUCUUAUCAUUAGAGACAGAAGGUUGUCAAUUUCUGCUUAGAAGUUAUUCAAGAAUGACACAACUAUCACACAUCGGAAAUAGUUCAUUUUUCAGACCAAUUGUAAGUUUUAAAAGCAAUCAACCAUUGAUUCUUGAAGAUCAUCAGUUCUUAUCAAGGGCUGGUGCUGGUCUAACUGAGCUGCCUUUAAAGCAAAAAUGGGAAGAAGCCAAGAUGAUUUUUCUGAUGGACAACGAGUUAUCCAGUCUACCAGAUAGUCCAAGUUGCCCCAAACUUUUGGCGUUGUUCCUCCAAAGAAAUCAAAAACUGAGAGUGAUACCUACAUCCUUUUUUGAUUUAAUGCCUUCUCCUACAGUUCUGAACCUAUCUAAAACCAGGAUCAAAUCCUUGCCAAAGUCACUCUGUAAGCUUAUGAGCCUUGAAGUACUUAUUCUACGUGAUUGUGAACGUCUGGUGCUACUUCCAUCUGAGGUUGGAUCUCUGAGGCGGCUGGAAGUGCUUGAUCUCCAGGGAACUGAGAUAAACAAAUUACCUAACAAGAUUUCUGAACUGUCUUCUCUGAUUUACCUGAAGGUAUCAUUUUAUGGCUCUGUUAACUGGAGUGAAUAUGCUAAGCUGCCUACUGAAUUGGUUUCACAUGGAAUUAUAGCUAAUCUAGUUGAAUUGGAAACACUGAGAAUUGAUGUGUACCCAGGAGAUAGGAGGUGGAAUAAGAAUGUGAAAUCUGUCAUAGAUGAGGUGGGCAAGUUGACAAAUUUGACUACUUUUUGUUGCUAUUUCCCCGAAGUAGAGUUUCUUGAACGAUUUCUUGCAACAAGCCUAUCAUGGAAAAUUGGAGGUUUAACUGAAUUUAAAUUUGUAGUUGGCCAUGACGUGAAACGCUUUGUAUCUAAGGUUGUGGACAACCUUGCAUUUGCUAAUGUCCCAUGGGAUCAAUGCUUCAGAUUUGUAAAUGGUGAGGUGAUACCAGAUGCUGCUGUUGAAGUAUUGACUCCCUAUCAGAGUUUGGAGUCAGUAAUUUAG